AUGUACGAUGGCCUCUCGAGCCAGGUGUGCUUCGAUCAUGGGCAUGCCUUCGUGUCGCAGCUGAUCGAGGAAGGCAAGUACUUGGGAUCAGCACUGCAACGGGCAGUGGUGCCUCCUCAGACAAAUCCAUGGUGCUGCGGGCAUCGUGUCCUGGUUGUCAUGGACCGGUUGCUAGGACUGAUAGGCUGUGGGCAGGGUCUGCCGGGUACCCUGGCACCCGAUGACAUAACCGAUGAUCACAUCGACAGGCUUGUCCAGCUGUCUCGCAUGAGUGCGGGAGCUCCGGAGCUUAGGUCUGACCCUGGGCCUAGCAUUGCCAGCAAGGGUGCAUCAACAUUGUCUGGACCGGCAGAGCCAGAGGCUCCGUCGACUCCAAGUCGUCGGGCACCGAGACAACGAUUGGAGGAUGCACUGUCGGACGAAAGCACGCCUAGGAGUCUUCACAAGCAGAGCCGGCCAAGGAAGAAGCAGCGAGCUUCGGCCUCACAGCCCAUGACCAAGACAAGUCUGGCGGAGAUCCGACGAAGUGCCACGGAACUGUGUCGGGGAAAGUCCGUCACUCAUUCCAGCUUCCAGAGCAAGCACGAGCAGAGCCAUGCACCGCAUCCCAGCGGACAUUGGUAUGUUUUUCUGGAGGGAGUUCACGACCCUGCCAAGGUCCUCACCUGUGCUGUUUGUGUGACCCUGCGACAUCAAGUCCUAGCAGCUGAUGCCACCCCGGAGCCACCGCGGCCACAGGAUAGUCAGAUCGUUGCAGCCGAAACGGAAGGCCCAGCUUCCCCGCAAGGCCAGCAGGUGCACAGCAAAGGGCGCCCCAAGAAGGGAGAGGUGAGAUGGAGUCUGCACAAACAUAUCAGGGAGACUCGAUCCCAUGUGUAUGUGCAGACGCCCAAGAGCUUCAGUCCUCGUGUUGUCUACAGGUGUCUUGCAUGCUGUCGGGAGAUUGCCUUUUGCAGCUCGACCUGCGAGCAGAAACUCCAAAAGCACGAGAAUGGUCGGGCUCACAUCAAGGGGUUGGAGCGAUUGCAGACACCGGACCUGCCGGGGCCGGAACCUGUGGCUGCCUUGCAGGACAUCGACCAUAGCCGACCCGAAUGCUUCGGUGAGGCGUACGAGUGCAGCGGUGCUCCGGUGGAUCAUGUUGCGAUGCCGGUCCACAGGAUUCGGGAGUCUGUGGAGACCUGGGUGAUGGCCGGGCAGCCACGGACACUGUUCUCUGCAGGCGAAACAGAUCCCUUGAAGGGUCUAGUGGUGGACACCUCCGGUGAUACUGUUCAUUUGCGGUCUGCUCAGUGUUCGAAGAGUUGUCGUCGGGUCGACGUGGCCUGCACUAACUGUGUCAACGCCUCCAGCAGGAAGGAUGUGCAAAAAUACAUCUGCCAAAAGGCCUAUGUCUCGGACCUUGCUCAGCUGGCCUGGCGCCUGCUGCACGACGACACAGCAGACUUGGAUGCAUUCGUAGCCAAGCUGCACGCGAGAGACUACAAGGUCCUCGGCCUCGCAGGGGCAGAUCUCGCCAGCAUUCUGGCAGUUCCGAACAAGCUAGACAGGGCUCGCAACAUUCGGCAGAAGCUCUCCUGCUAUCCCUUCUGGCGGCUGAACCUCAGCAUGCAAUCCAUGUUCAAGCUUUGGUCUGUGCACGAGCCCGUGCACCACAGAGAUUGUGACCUCCAAGCGGAGGCCCAUGCAUCCUUGGUCAAGGCCCUCGGCGGUGCCGUGGUAUCCGGCGAGGCACGGCAACAGGACCUAGAGGUCGCAGCUAGGAUCGCAGCUGGAGCACUCCAAGCAGACAGCUUGGUAGACAGCAUGGUGACAUCCUUUGUUAUGCGAAUGGAGGCAGCCAGUAGAGGUAACUUGCGUGUCAACAGCAGCCAGUGGAUGCAGCAGGAGGCUAUGCUGGAGGCUGUCACGACUCUCGGCCGGGGCAAGGAGUUUCUCUCGGUGAUGGAAAGGUUCAGGCUGAAUACACAAAAAAUCCCCAAGCGAAGCCUUCGCCACGCCUGCCUGCCGGAUUUCUUUGUGGCUAUCCGAGAUGACACAGUCUUGCAAGGAUCGUGUCGGCUAUGUCUGAGUCACCUGAAACUGUCCGGCCGACGACCGCACAUCAUCUUCGAUGAAACCUGCUGGAGUCCCAGCUUCGAGCAGGUGAGAGGGUGCAGGGAUGGUGAGGACAGAAUCGUCGGUGGUGUCUAUUCCGCUGACCCCAGUGCAGACUUCUCCUGCCUCGAUGCGGCAACCCACUCGGUGUGCGACAUUCCUGCGGAUAAGCUUGCCAAGACCAGCCUCCACAUCGUCCUACAGCACCCCGGCCACUGGUCCCACAUCUUCGAUGCCUGCGCCAUUCCUGGCAGGCUUCUAGGAUCCUCCUCCGACGUCUUGGGCAUCAUCGCGAAGUUCUUGCAUGUCCUGACCUCCAGCAAUGCAAACGUCCCGCCCACUGGGACAUCCUGCGACGGUGCGACUUGCAACACCAAGGUGAAUGCAGUAUGGCUGGGGCUAUAUGGCGAUCUGUGGGUGGAUCUGGCGUGUGAGUUGGACAAGGGCAUCUCUCACAAGGCCUUCAUUUGUGCCAACAAGCAGAGCGAUGCAGAUGCUGCGAUGCGGUCCUCGCCGCCCUUCGUCCCUCGAACCUGGAGUGCAGCCGGCCUUCAUGUGCACUGCUUCGUCAGUGCGCUUUUGUGCAGUUGCACUGGGGGCAGUCCAGGUUACAGCAAGAGCCAGAUGGCCAGCAAUGGCUUCGCCGUCUUCUUCCUCAUGCUGCUGCAUCUUCAGCAUAACCUGGCCCGAGGACGUGCACCCAAUGAAGGCAUUUCGCACACGACCCUCCGCAACAUGUGCAGUGCUGCCGCCCAUGCCGUCAACUGCUGCCUGGGUAGUCACGAGCCUCGAUACACCCAGGAGCUUGGGAUCGAGAUGAUGUUCUCUGAAGUCAAGAGCCCCUUCAGGGGCAACCCGACAAUCAAGGACAUGCUUUAUGGAACGGCCCGGCUGGCUGCCCUCAAGGCCAAGCGGCUGCAGCAGAUGGACUCCGCGGCUCUGGACAAACCGUGCACUGUGAAGGACCGGCAGGGCCUGACCAUUGACAACCUCUCGAGGCUCUGUCAAGCGUCGCUGCGAGACUGCCUUCAGUUCUGGAGCUUCAUCUGUGUCGAUACCACGGUCGACGAGCUUUACGAUGGGCUGCGGAAGUUCUGGGGGCAGGAUGGCCAGACUUUCUUUCGAUCCCUGGCCGAGGUGGAGGACCCUGGAGAUCUGCUGCCGGACAUGGUGGAAGUCGCUCUCCAGGAUGAGUCCAAGGAUGCAGCCACCACGGAUGCCGAAAAGCUCCAGUCAAUGACAGAUCGAGCCGCCGUGAUGGAGCAAGUGGAGGCUCUGUGCAGCGAGGACGGACCACCAGCUGAGCUUCCAGAGGCAGGGCCCACCGCUGAUGAUCAGCCGCCAAGUGUGGAUGACACUUGCAUCCUGCCGGAUGAAGAAAAGGUCCCCAUGACCUUGCAUGACGUGCUCAAGCUGACACUGGACAAGGGCGGCCCCGAGUUCGACAUUGGUGAAUCCAGUGCGCUGGGGGAGGAUGCAUGCCUCUGUCGCAUGCAACAGCUCAUGGGCCCUAUCAGGGCUUUCUCUCGGCAGGCCAGACUGGAGGAAAAAACCCUGAGCAAAGGGCUCUUGGAGGACCGCAAGGCAAAGGACAAUGAUUGGAAUCAGCGGGAACACGACCUGGCCGUUGCCAGGAGGAUGGCCAAUCUGUCGCAUCAGCGAGUGGCCCGAGCCACAGCCUGGGCCAAUGCAUCUGCAUCCUUCGUGCAGACGGUCCAGAAGAAGCAUCCGGAGACUGCCGGCGGGCUGCACUGCGUCGAGAGCUACCGUCCCUUGACCAAGGAGUCCCCGCAGAUUCUCUUGAUCGCCCACGAUGGCUCCCCGGCAUUGGCAUGCACUUUGUCCGUCUUCCGAGGGUCGCUGCAGCGAAAGUCGGGGGGCACACAGAUCCGCACAGCGAAUCAGUGUGCAUGCGCGUUGCCAGCAGAUGCCACCAAGAUCAUCCAUGUGGCAUUGCUCACACAGGUGCCAGGCACAUCGGACGAGUUUCGGACAUCCUGCCUAGAGACCGUGCUGAUGAUGGAGCCUGCAAACAACGUGCAUGGCGAGGUCGGUUGUAAAACGUGGACCGACGGACUCAGGUUGCAUGCGAAGCUCAACCAAGCAGGCCAGCAUGUCUUGAAGUGCAUCGCGAAGGAGACUUUGCCGUACUUGCCUGCAGCCAUCCCGGCACCCAAGGCCAAGGCCGCGGCAUCUGCAGUAGAGACUGCCGCGGAUGCGACCACUGCAAGCGAGUUCGUGGACAGGGCCUUCAUGAGGCAAACGCUGGUCAGUGAAUUGGACAAAUUCCUCAAGGCUUUGCGAGGUGCCUACGAGGCCAAAGGUCUCGGCUUCGUGGACUCGGACGGCUUUGUGAAGCUGUCGGCCGGCAAGAAAGAGAAAUGGGAUCACCUGCUCCAACGUGCUCCUGGUUUCUUUUUAUCCGAGAUGGCAACUGCCAAGGGUCUCCGCUUCGCACAGCAAGUCCAUAGGAAGCUGAUGCUCCAUCUUCCUACCCGGGGCGAGGCUUCGCUCAAAGAGCUCCGGACUUUUCUGUCGCACGUCGCUGCAGCGACGCCUCCAGUGAUGACGUUGUGA